AUGUUUAAACGCGCUGCCACUGCAAUGGGCCUUUUCUGGGCGCUAUUGUUUUGCCAUUCCCUAGCCUUCCCAUUCGAGCCGUUUCCUACAGAUACUGAUGUUGUCCCAUUCGCCAAUGUAUCCGACCUCCUCCCGAGGCAUCUGGUCAAAAGAGCAUCACGGUAUCCCAGAGUCAAGUAUGGCCCCACCUGCAGUGCUGAGGAGCAGGCCUAUAUAGAUACUGAGUUAGAUGAGCUCCAGCCAGUGAUGAUCCGUGUCAUGCGUCAACUCCGAGAUAUCCGAGCAGUUAUUAGAGAAAAAGAACAGCCAGCCAACUGGGGAACUCGAUUCGCCGAUAAUGACCGGAUCUUAACCUCCUGGGCUUCAAUGAUGGGAAGAACUAGAUUUAAUUAUGAGGUUGAAUUGAGAGAAAAUCAAGAUAACCUGGCUUCAUGGACGACGACUUCACGGAAUAUGCAAUUCAUGAUAAGAGAAAGUCUGACCAUUGGAGGUUCCAUGAUAGGUGUCUACAGCCGUAUCUACAACGCCUUACGGGAUAGAACGCUGGCACUUACCAUCCACUGUGGUGAUGAAUUCUAUGUCUUUGAUAAAGACGUCAGUACCAAGAACACCCGUGUAUAUCGAGAUACCAGAUCGACAGAGUCCCAGCCUUAUAUGAUAUUGCCGGAGCCCGGAAGACUAUGCCACGAGAAUGGGGGUGGCAACGGAUGGCAGAUGUGGAACAAGCUCACUGUAGAAGACGAAAUUUGCAUCUGCCCGAGGGUUUUCGACAAUGCAAAGACGUCGCAGACUCUGAGCAGUUUAGACAAUACUGUUGACAGCCUUAAAGGGCGACAUGUCGAUUAUAUCAAGAAAUUCACCGCAGCAGGCAGUUUACUACACGAGCUAUCCCAUUGCCGUGGCAUCCUUGGGGACGACCAGACCAGUCCGUUCAUCGAUGGGUAUCAACGAAACGGCGUCUGGGCCGUGUCAAAAAUUGAUCCAGCUGGGGCUCAUCGCAACGCAGCUGGGCCAGACAGUAUCACGUAUUUCGCCCUAGCCAUGUAUUACUCCGCCUGUAACUGGUCGCGGGGAAUUUGCGGGGAAAAACCCUUUUGGGACUUUUGGAGUCAAGAUAAACAAGAGUAUAUGGAUAUAGAUUAUUCUACGUGAAGUAGUCGGGUUAAUCGUAUCGUUAACUAGGUAGUUAGCUGGUCAGGGCCACAUAGCCCGGCUGGGUAAAUAUAUUCUGUGCUAGUUAGUUCAUUAGGGAGCUAUCUACGUACUAAUUAGUUAGUUAGUGGAUUAGUGGGCAGCAACUAGUCCAUCGGUCGGGCGCUUCUUUAAAUGACUGUUGGCCCUUCCUCACCA